GCCGCCCGCACCCUUAUCGCGUGCGUCCACGUCCAUCCGACGGACCGUUCAGUGCUCGCCGGCAUUCGUACGGCUUCGACAGCGUGCCCGUUGCCAGUAGACGUCCGCCGAAUAGUGAUCUACGCGUGAUCGAUAUCGAAUUUUUAACAGGAUCAUUUUGCGCACCAUCUCCUCACGCACAAAUCGGUCGGUCGAUAGUCACAAGAAAUUUCUCCGUUUCGGUAGUUACCGUCGGUCCGAAUUGCUCGUCACGAGUCGUUCACAACGUAUGUGCUAUUUGUUUUUUGUGAAUUUUUAGUCGGAAAAAAAAUUCCGGGAAAUUUUUUCUAUUAUAUUCCCAACGAUGCGUACCGCCGACGGCGCAUUUUUCGCGUGCGUCAAGUACGUUAAUUAGUGCGCGUCAUUUUCGGGGCAAUCGUAUAUUCCAAUUGAACAUUUUUCCCAGAGACAGCACGCGACACACUAUGGGACUUAGCGGUACCAGAAGACCAUCCCCUUCUCCGGUAGUGGCAGAGAAUCGAACGUUGAUGGUCGAAAAUCGCGAGUUGUCGCCCAAAAUCAUGUAUCAAAACAACACAGCCAAAGAUGGCAGGUGGAAGAAUUUAUACAAUAACGAAGCGGGUAGCGAUGUCAUAUUUUUAGUUGGCGAUCCCGAAUGUUGGCGGUUUCCAGGCCACAUAGAUGUUCUAUGUCAGUACCCCGUUUUUGACGCUAUGCUCCGUGAACCGUGGUCGAAAAAAGGCACCCCAAUUCACAUACCCGACGACGACCCCAGAGCCUUCGACAACCUCCUCAAGUUUAUGUACAAAAAUCAAGUGGAAUUGAAGUCGGUGGUGACCGCUUUGGAGACACUCGCAUUAGCCAAUAAAUAUAUGUGUGUGGAUCUGGUGGACGAAUGUAUCAGCUACCUAACCCGGAACCUUACCGUAGACACCGUCCUCAUGGUGUACCAAGCGGCACGUCUUUACGGUGGCCAAACCGUGCGACGAGAAUCUUGCACGCCAGACGUAACGAGAGCGACGGCUCCGCCGCUGCAAGACCUCAUGCCAUCCACCGUCAGCGAAGAUGCGCACGCUGAAGCCUUUGCCCGGAUGGUGCAUCAUUAUGACACGCUCUUGGCGUAUUGUGGUGCCUUUAUCGACCGUAACGCCGACAGAGUGAUGACCGACGAAAGCGUUGACGAACUAGACACCGUAGAACUUAGAGAGCUGUUACGUCGUGAUGGACUUGCAGUAUCGAGUGAAUUGGUGCUUUUUAAUACUUUAGAACGAUGGUGUACGCACAAGUGCAAACAGCAACAUCUCGAGUUGACGGUUCCUAACAAGCGGCUAGUGCUGGACGACACGCUGUUACUAUCAAUCCGGUAUCUUCAGAUGACGGCCAAUGAGUUCCUGUCGGGGCCAAUGCCCAGCGGGCUGUUGAACGCCCAGGAGACUGCCGUCAUGAUGAAGCACAUCCUGAACCCAAAACACCCGAAGUGGACGUGCCAGCGGCUGACCAAAGAAACGCUCGAAUAUAUGGCCACCCCUCGGCUGAAGCGAAACUCGGCCAGUUUGGCGUACGUGAUCAAGCGACGAGCGUCCACGAGUCGGUCGUCCGGUGGCUACGACCAGCAGCCUGAAAUGGACUCGCCAGGCAGCGGUAGCAAACGGGCCGGCAAAAAGAGCAAAAAGAACAAAAGCAAGAAAAAAUGUACCGAUAGUUGCUUUUGUAAUUAUCUCGUUUAUUGCUUGGACGUGUGUUUUGGCUGAACUGCGCGUUUUCGCCUUAACACUGACAUUAUGUUUUAAUUUACCUUAACUUAAAAGAUCUCAGAUUAUAAAUAUUGUUUUUUUUUUUUUUUGUUUUUUAUAUUCGGAGUCCAUUAUUUUUUUUUCUUCAAAUACUGAAAACAUGUAAAUCGUUGCAACUGCGUUAUGUGUAUUUAUCGUUAGUAUACUUAGCGUGUACACACCAGUGACCGAACGGUUUUUUUUAUUUUAUUUGAUAUAGAGGCAUUAUUUAUAUAUUUUGACUUCUGGGCGGUUGAGAACAAUACACUUGCCAUAAUUAACUUUCAUCGUAAGCUUUAGUGGUUUUUCUUUCAUAUUUUAUUUUUAGAACAAACCAAUAAACUACCACAGAACUUCAAAAUAGGCAAUAGUAUCGUUUUCCGAGCACCUGGGGAGGAAAUUUUUUUAAUCACACAACGAAAUCCCAUGUAUAUUUAUUUUUUAUUUAUUUAGUUCUUUUUUUUUUGUCAUAUAUAUAUAAUUUAUUACGCGUUAAUUAAUGUUCAGCUUCUUGAAUUAUGUUUUCUGUCAUUUUUAAUUAAAAUACAAUAUUAUCCUUUCACUCUACCACAAAAUGAUCGUUUUUCGUUAUCUUAUCAAUAUAUUACAGGCAUAUCCAAAAAAAAUAAUGUAAUAUUAAAAUUAAAAAUUAUUCUUGCUAUACUUUCAUAUCAUAAAAACACAUCCGUUCAGCUUUAACAAAAUCAUCAAACGAGGAUUACAAUUCAAUUUACUUCCAUUUAAUCUGUAAUCAUCGCUCAAAAAAAAAAAAAUUUAUAUAUAUAUAUAUCUUAUAAAUUUGACGUAGCUAUAUUUUUUUAUUAAUUUUACGUCUCCCAUGGUGUUUCCGCAUGCAAAUAUAUAUAUUUUGAAAAUCAUUUUUUUGUAAUAAAAAUAUAACGUAUAAAAAUAUAUUGUAAAAAUA